CCUUAGGAGCUGAAGUUCCGCGGAAGUCGCCCCGAAAGCCGGGCUGCCCCCCAGGGAAGGCCGAGAGCCAGACGAGGCGGCCCUCGGCGGGGGCUUCCUCCCUCCAUCCACAAUGCCCACCGCGCAGAAGACGCUGCUGUUCCUGUCGGGCUUCGUGAGCAGCCUGGGCUCGUUCGUGACGCUGUGUGUGGUUCUGGCCAUCCCGCGCUGGGUCACCGCCAGGAUCGAGUUUGACGACGGCCGGUUCUCCAACGGCAGCGUGACGGUCACUUACGGGCUCUUCCGUGGCGAGACUUCCCAGGAUCUGACGUCGGGCCUCGGCCAGUCAGACCAGGCCUUCGAAGUGUUGAAGAUUCUGCCCGCCGUCUCUCCAAGAAGUCUCCACUUGGUGGUCAUCGCCUUCCUGUUCCUCGGCUUGUUCACCUCGCUGCUGAGUUCCGGGCUGACACUCUUCAAUGCCGUCAGCAAUCCCUACCAGACCUGGCUUGGCCCCACCAGCAUUUUCGUUUGGAAUGGACUCAACAUGACCCUGACGGUGCUGGCCAUGGUCCAGUUCGCCGUGAACGCGCAGGCCAACGGGCUCUCGAGAGCGCUGUGCUCGGCGCUUUACGCGGCGCAAGGCUACACGUACGGGCCGGCCGUCCACCAGUACGAGUACCCGUUCUGGCUGCUGCUCCUGGUCCUGUUCUUCAACGUGGGCACCGUCGUCGUCGUCGUUUUCUACCAGAACGCCCGCUACCAGCGGAAGCAGGAGCGCCGGAAGCCCCUGGAGAAUGCGCCCCGGGACGGGAUUCUGUUCUAAAGCCGGCUCUCUGCGCUGCCGCCCCGACGGACCCCACAGCCGAGGCGUUGGGCGUCUCCUCCAGCCCCAGCUGGUUCCUGGGCGGGCUCUGCGGCCCCGGGGCUCCCUCGGUCCUCCCCCGUGGCCGGCCCUCGCUCCUUCCGGCGCCCCCUGGGGGUGGCUGGAGGGACUUGGCCUUCUCUGAGCUGAAUCCCCGCUGCUGUAUUCGCCAAUAGAAUGGAAGCUCCCGGAGGGGCGAUGCGCUCUUUC